AUGGAGGUGGAGGCUCACCAUUACAGUCCUAUAAUGGAUGCUAUCCUCAUGGAAAUCAGGAUCCGACCAAUCUUUGGGCAAAGAGUAGACGAGAGCGCCGUGGAGGGCAACAUCGAGAAGCUAAAGAAGGUGCUGGAGGUGUAUGAGUCGAGGCAGUCGAGCUCCAGGUACCUGGCUGGUGAUUUCAUCAGCCUCGCGGACCUCAACCAUGUGUCCACCAUUUUGUGCCUAGGGAUCACUCCGUACAGGUCAGUUCUCGACGCGUACCCACGUGUAAGGGCAUGGUGGGAUGGCCUGAGGGCCAGGCCGGCGGUGAGGAGGGUGUCUGACCUAAUGAAUACGUCCGUGAAGAAUGAUCUGAAAUGA